AUGUUCGUUGACGUAAAUGACGAAGAGGAUGACGAACACGAUACUUGGAUAAAGGAAGAAUUGAUCGCUUUUGUCAAAGCUAAUCCCAACCUGUACGCGCGAAAAACUGGAAGGGAUAUGCUGGCAAAAAUUUUUGCAAAGACGAUUUGGUGGAACAUUGGAUGUGUAGCUCGUCGAAGCAAAUGUCAGCAGGAGGAGCUACCGGGCGGCGUACUCGCGCUUACGCCAGAAGACCGUGAGUGCGAGAACUUCUUCUCCCUCACACAUUCCCGGACCGCGGACGGUCGUUACAUGGUGAGACUCCCGGUCGUGGACCCGUUGCCCGAUCUCAAGGGAACGCGCAGCUCGGCCUUACGAGCACUGGCGCACAUGAAGAGACGAUUCGCCCGAGAUGACAAAUUGAAGCAGCUGUACGUCGAGUUCAUGCGGCAGUACGAGGAGCUUGGACAUAUGACGCCGGUGGCUCCGGAGGACAAAACUAAGAGACGUGUGAGCUACCUUCCACACCACGGCGUGAUGCGAGAGGCGAGCACCUCGACGAAGCUGCGCAUCGUAUUCAACGGCUCGACGUCAUUACCCUCUGGUGACUCGCUCAAUAAGUGUCUGCGGGUGGGACCAAACCUCCUGCCGAAUCUAGCCGAUGUACUGCUGUGGUGGCGUCGCUGGCGCUACGUCCUGGCUGCGGAUAUGGAAAAGAUGUACCGCCAGAUCCUAGUCCAUCCCGAUGAUCGCGAUCUGCAGCGAAUUUUCUGGCGGUAUAAGAUUGAAGACGAGAUGCAGGAGUAUCUUCUCAACACGGUCACUUACGGGCUGACGUGUGCACCGUUCCUGGCGAUGCGCUCCGUUCAACAACUUGCCGAGGACGAAAAAAAACUCUUCCCCCUGGCCGCAAUCGCCCUACUGAUUGACAGGUACAUGGACGAUGUACUCUCGGGCGCGGAUACACUGGAAAAGGCUCUGGCUCUCCGGCAUCAACUCUCGGAGUUCUGCAUGGCGGGCGGCUUUCCGCUCCGCAAAUGGUCGGCCAACGAGGAGUCCUUGCUGACGGACGUUCCAGCGGAGCACAGGAUGCAGCGCGAGCUCUGCUCUUGGCGACCGCAAGAGUCGCAUGCCAUUCUCGGCCUUCAAUGGCAUCCCUGCCUCGACAGCUUCUCCUUUGCUACGAAGACGAGUUUAGUGACGUUUUUCACGAAGAGGUCGGUGCUGUCCCUCACCGCCCGGCUUUUCGAUCCGCUCGGUUGGUUGGCGCCGGUGGUGGUGAGUGCGAAGAUCUUGUUCCAGGCUACCUGGCUAAGAGGACUGGACUGGGAUGACCCCUUGAGCGAGACUGACGCUCUGCAGUGGAAGACCUACCAGGCGGAGCUCCCGUUGCUGGAGCAAAUUCGAGUCCCUCGGAGAAUAUAUCCAGGCGCCAGAGGACUCGGCGUCGAACUUCAUGGCUUUGCCGAUGCCUCCGAGAAAGCCUAUGCUGCCGUGGUUUACUUGCGAGCACAGGCGCAGGACGGAUCAUGGCUGGUCACCUUGCUCGCGGCAAAGACCAAG